GGCGUGAUGGCGAAUGACGACAGCCCUAGCGGUAGACUUCAACACCCACAGCUCGGUGCACAUUGCCCUAUCACUGCGGGUGCGAGCGAUGCAGAGUAAACAAGAUUUAUUUCGACCUUGCACGCGACUGUAGACGUCGUCACCCUUUCGCGACUUUCAGGCUGUAGCCGUCUGAAAGGAAGGUUAUGGUCGUUCUUUUCUUCUGCUACCAGGGCACUACCAUAUCAAUAUCUUGACAAAUUUUGUCAACCUGGCUUCGAACGUCGUUCUCAACAGUAUGGCGAAAACAGGGCUACUCGUCGUGACAAAUCCAUCACGCGUAGCCAAAGUGCUUCCCGAUGUUCAGAAACAUUUGCUCAACAAACUGUAUAUUCAGUAUCUCCCUCAGUGCCUGUCAAGGCUCCUAACUCCUACAGCAGCUUCCUUGUCUUCGCCAAGUCCUGUGGUGUACAGCAAGAAUGUUAUUGGAAUGUAUUCUCAAUCACUAAAUCAAAAUAUAGACGUCGCUAUUCUCUUGGCAUGCUUGAAAAAUCCAAUGCAGUCCGUCAUACAUACCAAGAAGCCAAUUGAUGUUGUGUUCUUCGACCGAGUUCUCAGUGGAGAUGAAAUGAACGCUUUUCUGAAAAAAUGUCUUUCAAACGUUACUGUUGGAUGUACUGUAGUCUCUCUUGAUAUCGGAGAAACAGAAGCGCAACAACCAGAAACCACAGAUGACGAUAAAAUGUAUGAUAAUGUUGUAUUAGGGGGAACAUUUGAUAGACUUCAUACAGGCCAUAAAAUAUUGCUCAGUGAGGCAGUUCUACGAUGCAGACGUAAAAUGACUGUUGGUGUGACUGAUGCCUCAAUGCUUAAGAGCAAAUAUUUGUCAGAACUUAUUGAACCAUGUGAAGACCGCAUGUCUCAUGUGCUUGAAUUUUUACAAGAUGUAGACCCGAACAUAGAAUAUGAUGUGGUACCCAUCAGUGAUCCAUUUGGUCCCACUAAAGAUGACCCGACAUUUGAGCUGAUAGUUGUUAGUGAGGAAACACUGAAGGGUGGCUUAAAAAUAAAUGAAGUCCGUGCACAAAAAUCCCUUAAUCCACUUGCUGUUCAUUCAGUAAAUCUCUUAGUCACCUCAAAUAAGCAAGAGCAGGAAGAAGAAGACAAAGUCAGCUCAGGCAAUUUAAGAUUAAGAGUGCUUGGAACAAGACUCAAUAAGCCUGAGGCAAGGCCAAACCUACCCUUUUCUCCCUAUAUUAUUGGCUUAACUGGGGGCAUUGCAAGUGGGAAAUCAUCAGUUGGACGGCGGCUGGAGGAAAUGGGAGCAGGUCUAGUGGACUGUGAUUCCUUAGCUCAUACUCUGUACCGACGGGGUGAGCCACUUCAUGAUAAACUAGUUGAAUAUUUUGGGCGCACCAUUCUUGAUGCUGAAGGGGAAGUGGACCGUAAAGUUCUAGGUUCCCUUGUAUUUGGUGACAAGGAAAAGUUGACUGCCUUAAACAACAUGGUGUGGCCAGCACUGUGGGAACGUACCAAACUUGAAAUUUCUAAAAUUCAUGCUUCUGGUAAAAAUAUAAUUGUUGUAGAAGCUGCAGUUCUUCGUCAGGCAGGCUGGGAACAGCACUGUCAUGAAAUAUGGGUUUCGAUUAUUCCCUCUGAUGAAGCUGUACGUCGGUUGAAGGAGCGUAAUAACUUAUCUGAAGAAGCUGCUUGGGCAAGAGUGUCUGCACAAUCAAACAAUGCAGAGCAGGUCAAAGGCGCAACCACAGUCUUGUCAACAUUGUGGUCAUAUGAUUUCACACAACGUCAAGUAACACGGGCUUGGCGUCACCUUCAUGCAUAUCUUGAGAAAGAGAGUUUGGCCAAAGGUAAUAAGUUAUGAUGCUGCUUUCUGAACUUGUUUCUUUUCCUUUUAAUGCAACAGUCAAGACUUCAGCCAAAAAAUAUGCUCACUACUUCAGCUGUAAUAUCUUUCAAAUAUAAUUUGAUGUUCGAGCUUUCAAGUACCUAAUAUCUGCUGCUAGAAUGUGAAGGCUGGUCCUUGAACUGCAGCAGUGCUACAUUUUAUUCACAAACAUUGUAUGUACACUUAUUUAUACUUUUUUGAGUCAGUAAAAUUUGUUUUGUACUUCACUCCAUAUUAAAACAUGGGCUACCUCCUGUUAUUCCUCUUUUUUUUUUUAAACGGAAAUUUAGCAUUCCUAUCUCAGGUUGUUUUUUACAUCAAAAAUUUAGAGACAUACUUUUAAUCUAGGAACGGUGAUGGUAUUUCAAAGGUUUUUUAAAAGCAUAUUUUUACAUAUUCUUGAACAGUAAUGUUUAAUAUAGUAUGUAGUUCUAAACAACUUUUCUGGAGGGAGUUUAAAAAUCUGUCUUUUUAAACCCGGUGCAGAUUGUAUAUGAGUCAAUUAUAUAGACUAUUCAAGCACCAUGGUUUUGUUUAGUUUAGGGGGUGAUAGUACUUCAGUCGCUCUGCCUUGGAAAGCUUUAUAGUUUUAAUACAACGUUUCUGCAAAUGAGUAAAGGGUGAGGGCGGCUGAGGUUGGACUAGCCAACCUCAGUCGUGGCAAGCCUCCUCGUGGCCCUCUUGCCUGGGGAGAGAGCGGGUCGGACAAAUCUCGCAUGCUAUCUUUUGCUUGCCUGUGUGCUGUGCCUUGCCUCUUGCUAAUAUGCUCAAACGUGACUGUCGUUAGGCUUGCUUUAUUUCACCUCUGUCGCUAUGCACUGCCUAAUCCUUUUCUAAUAAUUGUCACAUACCUUCGCUCUGCAUGGUGGUGUGGCCCAUCGUUCCCGCUUCUUAGGUCUUAGAUCUUUCCCCACCAGCGCGUUGCCAGUCCCCAGACAACCAGGGCUAGCAAGAGGCCAGAGGCGGCCCUGGUGCCGGACCAGGCGCUGCCCUGGAGGGUAGUGCCAGGGAGGAUGGGACGGGGUGAAGACCACCACAGCCGUCAACGUACCGGAAACCAUUCCCGGCCUACGCGGUGCUGGUCCCCGGACAACCAGGGCCAGCAAGAGGCCAGAGGCGGCCCUGGUGCCGGACCAGCGGUGCCUCCUGAGGGGCGGGCUGUUGUGGGGUGCUCCCUCCUCCGACCAUGUUGUUGAAGCAUGGGCGCGGGGGCGAGUUACCCGUGGCGGCCUGCCCCUUCUGGGGGCACUGCGGACCGGGCGCUAUCCUGGAGGGUGGUACCAGGGAGGAUGUGACGGGGUGAAGAUCGCCGCCAACGUGCCGGGUGUGACUGUGGGUGCGCGGCGGUGUUGCGGGUUUGCCUACCCAAUUCGCCCGUAAGGCGCCAUGGCCCCUGCAGCCCUGGCGGGUAUGCGGUCCCGCGGCGCUGCUGCGCGUUCGCAGUUCCACCCGGUGCCUUCGAGUGCCAUGGAAGCCCGGCUGUACUCCCUUUACCUUCGGCAUCGACUCUUUCUUCGAGCCUCCUGCGCACCUCCCCUCUCUCUUCCGGUUCCUCUCCUCUCUGUUCUGUCUGUACCCGUGGCAUCUGCCCCUUGUUCCUCUUGCCUCUCUCACCUAUCGAGCACCUUUGCCUCCGUGCCGCUUUCGGCCCUUGCCUUAGUGCCCCGCCUCCCUCCUCCCUUUCCUGCUUCCUGUUGCCUCCCUGCCUCCCUUCUCUGCCCGCCUGGCCUCUCAGCCCUCUCUUUACCCUUCUUGCCUAAUUUGCUUUGCCUGCUUAUUAUUAAUAAUUGCGCAUGUUAACUACUUUACUGCACUGCCCUGUACUACGUAUCGUCCGACCCUUGACUCUGGCCCUAGGUCCCCGUGCGCAGAGCGCGGGGGCAGCCCCCCUCCCGAAGUGAGUGACUUCCACGACUUCUAAGCUGUAGUCCAGGGCCCGGCGUUGCUGGGCUUGGGGGGGCGGCCGUCCCGCCUUAUACCUUUCUCUUAUAGGUUUGACCCGGUGGUUGCCGACGCCCACGGCGUACGCUUAAUUGCGUAGCUCGAAUAAUAUGGGAUUGAGUCGAGGGACUCUGCCACCUUGGCACAUUGGCGUGUGUCUGGGUCCUCUAUUGAUUGAUUGAUUGAUUGAACGUUUCUGCAAAUGAGUAAAUACUCAGUGAGCUGAGGGCCACCUAGCACCUCCAAAACUAAAUGUCACCUAUGCAUGAUGUCCUAUGAUAAGAGAGUAGUCAUUCCCCUUCAACUACCUAGAGUGUAUGCCUAUUUUGCCUUCACACAUACCCAGGCCCAGAGCUUUGCUCAGUGUUAAUUUUAAGAGAUUAUAUCCUGUGAUACCAUUGUGUGUGAUUUCAAAGCUCUUUCCAAAGUUGUUAUCUCUUACUAAAUUUCUUGUCAAUACAUCCAUUUGAAAAACCUUU